CCGGCAGCUGAUCAGCUCCUCGGGUCCCUCCAUCAUUUGCUCCAUCCCUGUCAGCUCCGGGGAAGGAAAGUAACGGGGAUCCGGCUGCACCUGUCCGGGCACUUUGGCACCAGCUGGAAAGGACUGAAGCUCCGGGCUCCCCCUGAUCUCACUGGGUGCCAGCCGGGUCAUGCCUCACAGUAUGAGAGGCCAAUGCGUUUCUCUCCCUGGGAAAUGUGCUGAUACCGUGUGCUCCCACCUAUGGGUUCAGGGUUAGGGUGCUGCGCGGUAUCCUGGAGAUGCUGAACACUGGCUCAUUCUAGGCAUUCGGCUUAAUCCAUUGGGGGAUCUGUGGGCAGCCAGUCACUGGCACUCACCUUGGCUUCUUCCCUAGACUACUGGUGGGUUCCAUAAGCACCCUGGGCAUUGUGCCACCCCGGCUUGUGCCUGUCUCACUGUGCCAUGAUGCCCCUAAGUGCCCUCCCUGGGACUCGCUCCCUAAGCCCUGCGGGUCUGUCCCGCAGCCUUUCCCGCCUCAGGGAGUACCGGACCCGCUCCCGGAUCAUGCUGUCUCUCGGGGUCUCGCAGAUGGUACUGGGAUGUCUCAUCGUGGCUGUCAGUUUUGCAGCGCUUGCCCUCACCACCUCUGCCAGGGUCAGGCACUCAUGUCCCUUCUGGGCAGGCUUCUCGGUGCUUUUGUCAGGAUUGAUCGGUGUUGUUGCAUGGAAACGGCCCCUCUCUCUCGUAAUAACCUUCUUUAUGCUUCUCUCUGCUGUGUGUGUAAUGUUGAACUUGGCGGGUUCCAUUCUCUCUUGCCAAAAUGCUCAACUUGUCAGUUCCCUUGAAGGUUGUCAGCUGAUUAAUUUCAACAGUGAUGGAGUUUGUGUUUGCUGUGAAAUGCAACAUCAAACAUCUGGCUGCAGCAACCCUGGAGAAACACUAAAACUGAACCCUCUACAGGAAUGCAGCGCAGUGAGGCUGACACUUAAGGACCUUUUAUUCAGCGUGUGUGCUCUGAAUAUCAUCUCGACUAUUGUUUGUGCUUUGGCAACUGCAAUGUGCUGCAUGCAGAUGGUUUCUACUGAUGUCCUGCAGCUGUUUUUGCCACAAAGGGGACACUCUACAAAUAUGGACUGCAUGAUGCCCCAUGGAACUAUUCUCCACCAAACUCUGGAUUUUGAUGAGUUUAUUCCACCAAUCCCACCUCCGCCAUAUUACCCACCUGAGUACACCUGUACACCAGUUUUGGAGGUACAAAGAGGACUUCAUCUGGACUUUCCCCAUUCUCCAUUCAGUGCGUUAUAUGAUGUUUCCAUAAACAGUCCUGGGAUUCUAUAUCCAUCUGAGCUCCCACCUCCAUAUGAAGCUGUCAUUGGGCAAACCCCUGCAAGCCAGGGGACCAGCAUAGAUCAGCAGGUCACCGAUUCCAGCCUAGGUGACAGGAACACAACAGCAGGCUUCAGCACCCAAGUGUCUGUAGAUAGCACCUCACUGCUGGUGUCUGAUGUGGCGGAAAUCCCAGUUCGCAGUUGCUCAUCAGAAGAUCUUUGUUCCCUUGAAGUUCAAGGCUCACUUCGCUCUGCUGAUUUUAGCCCUUAUAGUGCCAUCCAUACAGCCGCCACUGGGAGCAGCUGCACCAGCUUGGAACACAGUUUACGUGGCGGAUUUCCUCUCACUAAUUCUCAGUGUUCACCUGAUGAUGAUGGAAGUAGAACGUCCACAGACAGAUCCCAGUGGCAAAACUGUGAGAAUCACACACAGUCCAGGUCACUGGACACAUCAACUGAGAAUUUCAGCCCAUUGGAAAGAGAAUCUCAACUUUCAGUGAAAGAAAGAAAAGUGUCCCAGUCUCUGAAACCCAUAAAAAUGUGCUGUGGUGUGUUUGCUCAGCCACCUGGCCAGUGCCUGCCAUCCCCCAGUGCUCUUCCUGCAAAUCACCAACGUACGGGGCGGCCGGAAAAAACUAUGCAGCAACAUCAUUCGAAGAAAUAUAGGAUUGCCAAUAUAGUCCGCUCCACAAGUGACCCUGUUUCCUGUACCUCCGUUACAGAAGCAUCAUAUUCAUACCCACGGACAAUUGCCUCUGCCUGCCAGGAAACUGGAAACCACUUAUUAUCUACAGGCAGACACAAAGAAGCACGGAAAAGUAACCAUCGCAUAAAGCCAAAGGCAAUUAAGAACAUCUCUAAAGAACGGCCCAAUUCUUUAGUUGACCUGAAGACUUACAAGGACACAAAAAUUUUAGUGGCCAAGUUUUUGGAACAUUCAAAUUGCCAUCUCUCUCCAGAAGUGCGACAUGUAGUUAAUAGUAUAAAAUCUGUCAUAAAGUCAGAUGAACGGCACAUGGAAGAGGCAAUCUUCAGCGCCAACAUUAUAGACCAGGUAAUUACAAGUUCUCAGCAAAACAUCAAUAUCUCUAGAAAACGUCUUCAAGAAGAUCUUCAUCUUCAGAGUUGUGGAGCUCUAAGCUCUCCAGUUGCCUUCCUUCACAGGAUACAUCUAACACAUGAAGUGGAUCAGGACAGGCCACACAGCUUAGUUGGAGUCUGUAGGGAAACAAUUCUUUGAUAACAGAUAAUUUAAAAAAAAAUUGCAUGCAAACUUAGGGUGAUCAAUUCCAGGACACGUCUUCAGGCUCCGUCAACCAUAUUGAUUAAAACUCAGUUUCUCCUUAUGGAACUUGCUCAUGCAUGGGACUAGCAUAAAGGACCGUUACCAUGCAGAUUUCUCUGAAUGUAAUGUUUUGCAAACAAACAAAACCAGUGCAAACUCAAUUUCUAUACAAUUUCUACAUUUUAAGAUGACUGGAGUUGGAUCUAUUUUUUUCUUUCUGAAAUAGAGAUUACAAUAUUGCUGCCAUGUAGCUCCAUAAAAUAAACAUCAUCUUUUAACAAUGAUUACAUUCCAAAAAAAAGGGUUCAUAAGGCUUGCACCAUCAUCCAAUUCAAACUCUGCACCAAGGAAAGAUGAUGAACAACCAAGAGACCCAGUCUUCAGAAGAAUAUUGUUAUACAACUCAAAUGUAUUACUUUAUGUACCUCAAAGUGUUUUCACAAAGUGUUUUAA